GUCAGGUGCCUUGAUGUCCUACAUGUUAGCCGACUGAAUCCCUGCCAGGCUUGGUCAUGCAACAGCACUCCUGUUUCCUGAUAAAGUAUAUUGUAGUGGAUCUGAAAGUGAUAUAAGAAAGAAUUGCUUCUGGGAAGAGAAGCAUCCCUGCAAGGCCAACCCUGAAGAUGUGGACUGCCAUUGUAUUCUUCCUGCUGAUUUCCUUCUGUAUAUGUGAACACAGGUUUUCUGUCCUGAAAGGGAGAGGAGUCCAUGUAGUACGAAUAAACAAGCUUACAACUGAAAACCAGUGCAGGCAGGCUUGUCAAAGCCCAGGUGGUUCAGGUAACCAUCACUGUAAUUGGGCUGUGCCCUACCAGAAUCACUGCAUCCUCUUGCAGUGUCACCAGCUGAGCGUGUGCCAGAAUGCUGGCGAACAAGACAUCAGAGAUCUGCUUGGAGAAAUUGUCGGUGGGAAAAGGCAAACAGUCCUGUUUCACCACCAAAGCUAUCCACAGAAAAAGGAGAGGAUGGUGAAUGCACAGGUUGACCAACACAAUGUCGAAAACCUGCUUUCCUCAACUCCUCGGACUCACAAGAUCCAACUGAGGCAUUUGCUUGAGAUUCAGAGUGAAGGUGUAACGACAAAUGCAAGAAAAACAAUUGCAAGCAAUGCUACCACCACCACAGCGACCACCACAACAACAAACGUUACAAACACAACUGUCCUCACUACAGCUUAUGAAACAACUGCCAAAGCCUCAAACGCCCCUGCAAGUUCUGGUUUCCUUGCUGAAGCCAUGUCAUCCACUGCCUCUUCUCCCACUUCUGGUCACAUCCCUGCUUCCACUUCUAGCCAUUUCAUCAAGCUUGUGACCACCACCAAAAAAUCAGGAAGUAGUAGCUCUGUCUCAGUAUUGUCCCCCACUUCUACUUCUGCUCCCCUCACUGUCAUUUUUCAAGCAGGUACUCAAAUGCCUCAAACAGAGCAAUUUAACCCAACCACCACUGCCAGCGCUUCCCGCUCUAGCAGCCCCACCACUGUUGGAGCUGGCCCAAAGACAGCGAGUGCAACAUUGACUAUCCUAAUCCCACAGGAUGCAGGAAUGUCUUCCACUACUUCUACUCGUGCCAUGGCACUCACCCCCUCAGAGAUUUCACACUCUGCGAACCCACUGCCUGUCAUUACGUCGCUAUAUCUAGAGCCAGAAGCAAGUAGAGCCGCAACAUCCUUGAGUAAAUCAACUUCUCUGGGCUCUACGAGAGGUGCCACGGUUUUAACUACUGCCUCUACAGCAGAAACAACAGCUAGGCAUGAGAUAAAGUCAACAUCUCACAUUUUUUCAACAACCACGGCUCCAGCAGAUGCACCCAAAACAACAGCUUCAGGCCUUGCAGAAACGCUGGACAUGGACAAUGAAUAUCUUCUCAUUGCUGCCGAGCCCCUGACUCAGUACUUAGUAGAUAAAAGUUCGCUUCUUGCAGUGCUUUUAGUUGGUACAUUUUUUUUCAUAACUGUUAUAGUUCUUUUCCUUAUGCAGGCCUAUGAGAGCUACAAGAAGAAGGAUUACACACAAGUGGAUUACCUGAUCAAUGGCAUGUACGUGGACUCAGAGAUGUGAAAGGGUGGAGAUAAAACAGCAGGCAGAGAGAUGGAAAGGAGAUUGAAAGCCUGCCUGACUUGUUUUUCUUUCCUGUUUGCCUAUAACACAAACUUAAAGUGCUUCCAAAUUUACUUCUAGUGCAAUCGAGGAGAAAUGCCAU